CGCUCUCUUCUUUUCUUGAGCUGAAAUCAGUGAGAAAUGGCUCUGGCUGGAAAAUUGGAGGCUGAAGUUGAGGUUCAUUCACCUGCUGCCAAGUUCUUCAGCCUCUUCGUAACUCAACUUCACCAUGUUCAGAACAUUAGUGAUCUAGUGCACGAAACUAAGGUGCAUCAGGGAGACUGGCACGGUGUUGGCUCUGAUUCUGUUAAGCACUGGACUUAUACUAUCGGAGAUAAGGUAGUGAACUGCAAGGAGCACUUUGAAGAGAUUGAUCAUGAGAACAAGUCACUCACAUUCAACCUGUUUGAUGGAGAUGUUGGAGAAAAGUAUAAAAGCUUAAAGGCAAAGCUUCAAGUCGCUGAAAAGGGCAGUGGUGCCCUUGCCAAAUGGACUUACGAGUAUGAGAAGCUCAGCCCGGAAGUCCCUCCUCCGCAAGGCUACUUGGACUUUGCCACUAAGGUUACUAAGGAUGUUGAUGCUCAUCUCAUAAAGGCAUAGCCCUUUAAAAGCAAUAUAGAUUUGGCUUUGUGGUUUUUGUUAGGGUUUUAUGUGAACCAACUGUGUGUGCCAAGAAUAAGAAUGCAUGUUUCGCUCUUAGGCGAAAAAGAUGCAUACUUGUGUGUUAAAAUAAGCACCAGACGCCGUAAACAACUUAUGGCGUCUGCUGAAUAUAAACAGAAGCCGAAACAUGAUGAAUUAAUUAGCUACCACUUCUGUUCCUUUAAUGACAAAGCAAAAUCGAGUAAUUAUGUUAGUAUUUUGUACUAGUGUGCUUGAUGUUUUUAGCAUUGUGCUUCGUUAUGAAACGUUGGUUCUGUUAAUGGGACAGUUAAGUUUAUUGUCUUCGUCAUUUUAUUCAAUUUUAACUAGUCCUUUAUAA